AUGUCGUUUAAAUUUUCCAUUGUUUUUGUUCUGUAUUUAUUAUUUUUAUUGAAAUUUAAUAAGAGGUUUAUUUUUUUAAAAAGUGAAAAAAUUACAAGUUAUAUAAAUACACAAAUCCCGAAUUAUUGUAGCAGCCCUCCUUUUUUUUUAAAAAAAGAGGCUACAAAUAAUAUUAAAAAAUGUUAUUUUAUAAAGAGAAAGGGGUAUAGGAAUAUAGGCACAAAAAAUGCGUCAAAUGUGUUUGUUUUAAAUUUCAAGAGUAAUCGUUCAACAUAUAGAGACAAUGCUUUUAGUUGUGCAUCUUUGUGUUCUGAAAAGAAGGAAAGAAAAAAGGUCCAAGAUCCUUAUGAUCUGAAGGCGAAGAAGAAAGAAAAGACAUAUGAAUUAAAUGAUAUAAAAAAUAAUGAAAAAAAAAAAGAUAAUAUAGUUAAUGCAUCUAAUGAUGUAACAAAUGAUAAAUUGGAUAAUAUAAAUAAUAAUAUAAAUGAAAGUCGAAAACUUAUCAAAGGUGAAUAUUAUGAUGUUGAAAUUUGUGAAAUAUUAUCAAAGAGUUUUUUAUCUUAUGCGAAUUUUUUAAUAUUAAAUAGAUGUUUAUGUGAUUAUCGUGAUGGACUAAAAACUGUACAAAGGCGUAUAAUAUGGAGCAUGUAUGAAAUAAAUAAAGGUAUUGAUAAAAAAGGAUAUAAAAAAUGUGCUAGAAUUGUUGGUGAAGUUAUAGGUAAAUAUCAUCCACACGGUGAUAAGAGUGUAUAUGAUGCUUUAGUUAGGUUAGCUCAAAAGCAUCAUAAUAAUAAUUUGUUAAUAAAAGGUUAUGGUAAUUUUGGUUCUGUUGAAUAUAAUGCUGCAGCUAUGAGAUACACUGAAGCUAAAAUAUCUAGUUUUUGUUAUGAUAUAUUAUUAGAUGAAAUAAAUGAUGAAAAUGUUGAAUACAUAAAGAAUUUUGAUGGGAAUGAAAGAGAACCUAAAGUCUUAUGUAGUAAGAUUCCAUUAUUAUUAAUAAAUGGUUGUUCUGGUAUUGCUGUAAGUAUAUUAAGUAGUAUACCUUGUCAUAAUUUAAUUGAUGUUGCAAAUUGUUGUAUUAAUUUUUUAAUAAAUGAAAACAUUAGAGAUGAUGAGUUAUUUCAUAUAAUAAAAGGACCUGAUUUUUCAACUGGUGGUAUUAUUAUAAGUAAAUAUGAUAUAUUAAAGAAUAUAUAUAAUAGUGGUAAGGGGAAUUUUGAAAUAAGAAGUAAUGUAUUUUUUGAAUAUAUAAACAAUGAUAAAAAAGUUAUUACAAAACAUAUUAAUGAUUUAUCAUCUAUAGAAAAUUCGGAUAUAGAUAAAUUGACAAAAAAAAUAAUUAUAAAAAAUUUACCCCCCAAUGUAAAACCAAAUGAACUAAUAGAAAAUAUUAUUAAUUUAUUAAAUGAUAAAAAAAAUGAACAUGAUAAUAUAUUAUUAAGAAUUAGAGAUGAAAGUGAAAAAGAGGAUAUGAGAAUAGUUCUUGAAUUAAAAAAGCAUAGUCAAAUUGAACAGAUACAUAACUUCUUAUCAUAUUUAUUUAAAUAUACUAAUAUUCAAAUUAGUUAUCAUUGUAAUUUUGUUUGUAUAGGUUAUGAAAAUACGUAUACCCAAUUUUCAUUAAAAUCUUUUAUAAAAUUAUGGUGUAAUAAUCGUAUAAAAUUUAUUAAAAAGAAUUAUGAAAUAAAAAAUAAGAAUUUAGAAAAACAAUUAAAUAUUAUUGAUCUAUAUCUAAUUAUACAAAAUAAAAUACUUGAUAUUAUAACCUUUUUUCAAAAAAAUCAAAAUAUUGAACAAAUACAAUUAUAUUUAAAAAAUAAUUUCAAACUUAACCCUGAACAAAUUAAAUAUAUACUAUCUAUAAAAUUACAAAAAUUAAUCAAUAUUAAAAAUAUAGAUUUUAUAAGUCAAAGAAAUAAAAUAAUGCACCAAAUUAAAUUAAAUGAUGAAAUUAUAAAUAAUGUUCAAAAUAUUAAAAAUCUUAUAAUACAAGAAUUAAUAUAUAUCAAAAACAAAUAUGGUAUCCAUAAUUUAAACAAACAAUGUAUAAUUCCAUCAACACCAAAAUAUAAAUAUUCAUAUAUUAAUAGUGAAUAUCAUCCUAAUUGUUUUAAAAAUAAACAAAUCAUAGAUACAUAUAAUAGGGUAUCUACAAAUGAUAAUAAUAUAAAUCACAACAAUUAUACACAUGAUCUUCGUAGUACGGAUAAUGUAACAAAGGAUAAAAAUGUAGUAGAAACAAAUUUACAUAAAAAUAUACAUAUAUCUAGUGAUAUAUCGAAUAAUAUAAAAAAUAGUGAUAAAAAUAGUUAUGUUACAAAAAAUCAAGAUAGUGAUAAUAUUAUGCCUUAUAGAAAUACAUAUAUUGAUUCAUUAGAUAAUAACAUGAAAGAUAUUUAUAAUAAUGAUGAAGUGCUGAUUUUAAUUACAUAUGGAGGGUAUAUUAAAAAAAUUAAAAUUAAUGAAAAAUUGAAAAAUCACUCAAACAAUAUAAUAAAAUUAUCAAAUGUGAAAUAUAUUUUAAAAGAAAAUGAAGAAAAAUUAAAUGAAAAUAAUAAGCGCCUAAAAUUUAAUGAUUUACAAAAAGGAAAUGAACAGGAAAAAUAUAAGGAUAAGGAACAAAAACAAAAUAAUGACAUUGAUCAUAAUAUAAAUAUACAAAAUAAUGAUAAUAAUAAUAAUGAUAAUAAUAAUAAUGAUAAUAAUAAUAAUAAUGAUAAUAAUAAUAAUGAUAAUAAUAAUGUAUUAUUAUUAAAUGAAGAGGAAUAUAAUAGUUAUAAAAUAAAAAAAAGUAUUCUUGUAAGAAAUAGGGAUAAAAUAUUAUUAACAGAUAAUUAUAAUAAAGCAUUUCUCUUAAAUGUUUAUGAUUUACAUCUAUCGUCAUAUGAUUCUAAAGGUACACCAAUUAAUCAAAUAAUUCACUCAUCCAAAAAUAUUACUGGUAUAACAAAAUUUGAAGAAAAUAAAAAAUAUUUAAUUGUGUGUAGUGAAAAUGGAAAAAUGAAAGUUAUCAAUAAUGAUGUAUUUCUAAAAAGGAAAAAAAAAGGUAUCAAGCUAUUUAAAAAUAAAAAAAAUAUUUAUUUUAGUUAUUGUAAUUUUAAUGAUAAUUGUAUAGUAGGAACCAAAAAUGGGUAUAUCAUACAAUUCCCAUUAAGUAGUUUUAAAAUAUCAAAGAAAAAUUCCUUAGGAAAUAAAUGUAUUAGCCUUUCAAAAAAUGAUAAAGUAGUUGAUUUAUUAUCAUAUGAAAAUAAUGAAAAAAACAUGAAAAAUUAUAAAAUCAUAUUCGUAACUAAAAAUGGAUUUGGAAAAAUGAUUAAUUUGAAUGAAUUAAAAAUUCAAAAAAAAAAAGGAAAAGGACAUAGAAUCAUGAAAUUUAAAAAAUCGAAAACAAGAAAGGAUAACAAAAAGGAUAUAGAAAAAAAACAAAACAUUGCAAUUAAUAAUAAGGAUAAGGAUAAACAUAAAGAUAAAGAUAUACCAUCAAAUAAUGAUGAUAAUAAUAUUUUACAUAAUACUAAAGUGGAUGAAUUUUUAGGUUUCAAAUUAUAUGAUAUGAACAAACAAAAUGAAAAAGAUAUACUUGUUAUGAUUACCGACCAUGCUGUACUUAUAAGAAAAAAUAUGUCUUUAUUAAAAGAGAAGAAUAAAAAACACUCUUCUCAAAUUUAUGCAAAAAUGAAUAAAAUAAAUCAGUUGGUUUAUUUUGACAUAAUAUGA